GAAACUGAAAGUGGAUACUAGAACACUGGUCUGGCGGCGACAGAGCAGGUCAUACGAGGACGAGUGUUGCUGUGAAAUGGCAGGCAAUACAACUUCAGUAACCCGCAGAACACUUGCUUUAAUUUUAUCAGUUUGCGUCGACCUCUCCUUGUUUUACGCAUCGGGAUGUGUAGUGACGCACAGCGUGUUUGGACAUGUUGCGAGUCUCUGGGUUUCUGCGGCUCUCCGGUGUUUGGCACUCAUUGCUGUAACUCUGCUCAUCCUCGGAGACCUCAGCCCGUUGCUGGUUCGUAUUAUAACGGCGCACAGUCUGCUGCCCGCGGUGUUUGAGACCGGAGCCAACGCUCUCUACCAUGAGGAGACACAAUGUGGCAUGUUGGCGGAUAUGCGCUGCUGGCUGAUGUGUACCGGAGCGUCGCUGGCCGGUGCACUGUUUUGGGAAGUCAUCAUCCCGGACACUGACGAUGCUGCCGCCGGUAAAGAGAAGAAGCAGAAAGCCAGAGUGCUGUUUAUGAGAGUCCUCCACCUGUACAAACCCGACUAUCUGCUGCUGCUUGGAGGACUUGUGUUCUUGACGCUGGCUGUUUUGUGUGAAAUGUUCAUCCCGUUCUACACUGGGAGAGUCAUUGACAUCCUCAGCAGUCAGUACCAACCAAAUGAAUUCAUAUCUGCACUCCUCUUCAUGGGCCUGUACUCUCUGGGAAGCUCUGUAAGUGCAGGCUGCAGAGGGGGGCUCCUACUUUGUGCCAUCAGUGGCUACACAUGCAGAGUGAAAGUCAAGCUGUUUGGGGCUUUGACCAAACAGGAAAUUGGAUUCUUUGAGACCACAAAAACAGGUGAAAUCACGUCCAGGUUGUCUAAAGACACCACCUUGAUGGGAAGAACAGUGGCUCUGAACGUCAAUGUGCUGCUGAGGACAUUCAUCAAGACACUGGGCAUGAUCUCCCUGAUGAUGAAUCUUUCAUGGAAGCUCACAUUCCUCGUAUUAAUGGAGACGCCUAUCACUGGCCUCAUUCAGAACAUCUAUGACACACACUACCAGCGGCUAACCCUGGCAGUGCAGGACUCAAUGGCCCUGGCUAAUGAAGUUGCGAAUGAGGUAUUGUCUGGUAUUCAUGUUGUCCGGAGCUUCAACACAGAGAAACAUGAGGCCCGUCGCUAUGAUGACCGCUUGAUGGACACACACAAUAUCAAGACCCGUCGGGACACUGUCAGGGCUGUUUACCUACUCGCACGGAGGAUGACAGGGUUGGGCAUGCAGGUCUUUAUGUUAUACUACGGCAGGCUGUUCAUCCGGAGUGGACAGAUGACAACUGGCAACCUGGUUUCCUUCAUCCUCUACCAAUCAGACCUUGGAGACAACAUCAGGACAAUCGCCUACAUCUUUGGCGACAUGCUGAACUCGGUAGGUGCUGCUGGGAAAGUGUUUGAGUACCUGGACCGAAAACCUCAGGUCAGCAUGGAUGGAACACUCAAACCUGAUCAACUGACGGGAAACAUCAGCUUCCGCCAUCUUAAUUUUGCCUAUCCUGCGUGCCCAAACAAAACAGUGCUGCAGGACUUUUCUUUGGAGCUGAAGUCAGGUCAGAUGACGGCACUGGUGGGUCCAUCUGGAAAAGGAAAAAGCACCUGUGCGAGUCUGCUUGAGCGAUUCUAUGAGCAGCAGAGUGGAGAAAUCCUAUUGGACAAUAAACCACUGAAAUCCUAUGACCACCGUUUCCUUCACAAGAAGAUUUCAGUGGUGAGCCAGGGGCCUGUGCUCUUCUCCGGCUCCAUCAGAGACAACAUCGCCUACGGGCUUGAUGAAUGCUCAUUGGAUGAGAUCCAGAAAGCGGCACGCAAAGCCAACGCCCAUGAGUUUAUUAUGCAGCUGGAAAAAGGCUACGAUACAGAGGUGGGUGAGCGUGGCGGCCAGUUGUCUGAGAGCGAGAAGCAGAGGAUCGCCAUUGCUCGAGCUCUGGUCAGACAACCACAGGUCCUCAUUCUGGAUGAAAUAACCAGCUCUCUGGAUGCAGAGAGUGAAAACAAGAUUCAGCAGGCCCUGGCUAGUUGUCGCAACCAGACCCUGCUGGUGAUCGCUCACAAGCUGAAGACCAUCGAGAGGGCAGAUCAGAUCGUUGUGAUCGGAGACGGCAGAGUUGAGGAGCGAGGGACUCACCAGCAGCUGAUGGACAGGAAGGGGAGCUACUACAAACUGAGAGAGCAGCUCUUCACCGAGGGAAAGUCACCACAGUGACACGCUGCUGUCACUGAGCUGAUGCUGCAGCGCCAUGUUUUCUGUGAGAGAAAUGUUCUGCUGUGCUGCACGUGUUGGACAGCAGGACCAACAGCAGCUAACCUGAUACAAAUGGAACCUGGAGUUUAUGUAAAUAUUUUUUUUUAUAAAUAGGUAUAUUGAAAAUGAAAGAAUAUAGAUGAAUGUUAGUUUUUUCCAGAAAUGUAUGUAUUCUGUAACGUGCUAAAAAGCACCUUCUUAAGUUUAGAAGUAUACUUCUGUUCUUAUUUAUUUUGCUGACGGUUGGAAUUACAUUAGAUAUUGUAAAUUAAUUAAAUUAAAUUAAAUGUACAACUGACAUAAUGAUGGAUGGAUAUAUGUCCACUAUAUAUUCCAUUUCAUGUCCUUAUUUUUGGUAACAAUGAAUUAAAGUUUGACAGCACACA